CGACAUCGUUACCCUCUCUCCCCUCGCCCCUUUAUAAUUAGGGUUUGGGCCUAAAGAGCGUUCGAGCUGUCGCCGCCGCAUCCUCGUCUCGCUUCCACUCUCCUCGUCUCCUAGGGUUAGGAAAUGGCGGUCCCUUUGCUCUCGAAGAAGAUCGUGAAGAAGCGGGUUAAGAAGUUCAAGAGGCCGCAGAGCGAUCGCAAGAUCUGUGUCAAGCCAAACUGGCGAAGGCCAAAGGGUAUUGAUUCUCGUGUGAGGAGGAAGUUCAAGGGAUGCACCUUGAUGCCCAACAUUGGCUACGGGUCUGAUAAGAAGACCCGCCAUUACCUACCGAACCGCUUCAGGAAGUUUGUGGUUCACAACGUCUCCGAGCUUGAAUUGCUUAUGAUGCACAAUAGGACAUACUGUGCUGAAAUUGCACACAAUGUCUCUACGAGGAAGCGCAAGGAGAUUGUAGAGCGUGCUGCCCAGCUCGACAUUGUUGUUACGAACAAGCUUGCGAGGCUCCGCAGCCAAGAAGAUGAGUGAGGGACGGUUUCAAUUGUUUGUUUUGGUUUGCAAAACUGAGGCUACUUUAUUUGUCGAAGUUACUUUGGUUUUGCAGUAGGAUUAAAAUUUUAAUUGUGGUCGACAUUUUGCGUUGUGCUUGUGCUUUUUUACUGAAUCAUUUUGAGUUGACGUUGAUGAGCUUAUAAUUUAGUCUCCUUGUUCCUUUUUGGUUUAUCUAGUAUUGGGCUUAGGACUGCAAAGUUAAUGGUGAAGCUGAUUUUUUUCUUUUUAUACCAAGGAUAGAGGUUUGCUGAUGCAAAUAUUUUAUUCUCUAUGUGCUAUAAGAUGGAUUUUGCUCAGUUAUGAGA